AACUAAAUUUUCAUUUUGUUAGAUAAAUAAACACAAUAGAGACAAGGGAGCGAUACUCAAUUUCGGCGAAUCGGCGGAAUGGGAAGAAAUAUCAUCGCUCACUGGCGUCUACUCCGGCGAGCUCUCGACCACGGCCGAUGGCUAGGUCCAUGUUAUCGCAAUUAUUCUAUUUUCAGUCGCUCUGAAAUACUUCUUGGAAGUUCGUCAUCAUCUUCGUUUUCAGCCGCUCCCUCCCAUCGCAGUGCGCCGGACUUUCAGUCCCCCAGGCUACCUUUUCAGCACUGUCGACCUCUAUGCUCAGCGUCAGAUCCUUCGAAUAUUAUCAUGAUAAAGUCUGAAGAUCAAUUCAAGAAGUCACUUGGGAAAGCACAAGAUGAAGCUUUGCCGGCAAUUUUCUACUUCACAGCUGCCUGGUGUGGCCCUUGCAGAUUGUUAUCCCCUGUAAUCAAAGAAUUGAGUAAGAACCAUCCUCAGGUGACAACAUAUAAAAUUGACAUUGAUCAGGAGGGACUCGAAAGAACUUUGAAUGACUUAAAUAUUACCUCUGUGCCAACACUUCAUUUCUUUCAGAGUGGCAAAAAGGCAGGGGAGAUUAUCGGUGCUGAUGUUGCAGGCAUAAAAAAUAUCAUGGAGAAGCUUUACAAAUGACCUCCUCACGCAUUUUGGUUCAUCUCUUUUCAAGCAGAUCGAUCUGUCGGAUCAUGUGACGAUUGGGAGAUGGGAAUCAUCCUUAUACGGAAUUUGCCUUUAGUAGCACACCACAAACAAAUAUGGUAUAAGGAGUAUUUGAACCUCUGACUUGAACUUGAAGGAAAGGAAUAUUUUUCAAUUUGUAGUUAUUUAAAGUACAUUUAAGAGUCAAUAAUUGAGGUGCCAACUUAGGGCUGUUGAGUGUUUGUGUUUGUAGAUUUAAAUUUUAUUUUUAAAAAGGAAAAACUAUUUAUUUUCA